AGAAAGAAGAUACGCUUCACAGUGGAACAUUACUGGAAAUCAGGCUUGGAGGCAUCAUCCUUGUGUCUUAUGCUCACUUGGGUUGUUGGCUGCUGUGACGCAGGUCGCUCGGUGCUUGGUGUUGCGUUGCGGUUGAGCUGUUCUGAUUUUUAACAGUCGUCAUGAGUAGGUAUCACAGUGAGCUGACUCAGAGGGAGCAGGACUUACUGAAAAUCCGUCGGGACAGCGACACUAAGGCUGCCGAACUUGUCAAGAUGGAGAGGAUGCUGCAGCACACCAAGAACCUAAUGGAAAAGAAGCCAGAGUGUGGUUCAGACAGCAUGAGCUACCAGGAGAACAUGGUGGAGGACCUGGAGGAAAAGGUGCGCUCCAGCAGACGAUACAGGAGAAACUCCCUCCAUCACACCCAGAUGCUGGAGAGCCAGAUGAAAACAGUGAAAGGCGAGCUGGUGGGCACGCUGGACCAUCUCCAGGAGCUGAGGAACAAACUGCGCCGUUCGCAGCAGAAGGCAGAGGAGCGCACAGCUGCCAUGGAGAAACUGGCGGCGGGGCUCAGGUGA